UUCAUCAACGCCCUGCUCGAUCACAAAGCCGACAACCCCGACACCCCCCUACUGUCCAAGGACAACCUACUCAAGCUACACAACUGCUUGGAUCUGGAUAACAAGACACAUAAGGGCGUCUUCAGACGGCAAUGGGUGGUGGGAAGCUUCCAGUUCUAUAAGUUCUACCGAGUGUUCUGUCCGUGGGAGGAAGUGCCCAGAGCUAUAGAGUGUGUGUUGCAGGAUCUGAGUGGACUGGUAUGUACGUGA